CAUAUGACGUCCUCCCAUUGUAACCUAGCAUGCGCAGCUUCGGGGAGCGCAGCGAUCGGUGGUGCGCUGUGUCCCUCAGACACAGAGGAUCACCGAUCAACGGAAAGAGCCAAAGAUGUCGGCUUGGUCAUGUGAUCAGCUGUGUCCAAUCACAGCUGAUCACAUCAGUGCCACCUGUCAGUGCCCAUCAAUGUCACCUGUCAGUGCCCAUCAGUGCCACAUCAAUACCACAUAUCAGUGCCUACCAGUGCACAUCAAUGCCACAUAUCAGUGCCCAUCAGAGCUGCCUUUCAGUGCCACCUAUCAAUGCCAGUCAGUGCCACUUAUCAGUG